AUGAACCAGAUGAAUGCCGGUGGGAUGAAUCCCGGGGUCGGAGGCCCCGUCGGUGGUAUCCCCAUGAUGAGCAACGGCUCCACUGCCCCUCGUAACGAUCAAAACAUGAACAACAACUCCGAUGGGAGUCUCAACAACUUGAACACAUAUAUCUACGAUUACUUUUUGAAACGCGGUUACCACGACUGUGCACGCGCUCUUCUCCGCGAAGAAUCAAUGAAGGUCAACACGGCGGAGCCCGGUACCAAGACGAGUCCCGGAAGUCGCCAGAACGAUAUGAACGGUAUCGACGGCGACAUGAUGACCGACGGCAAGGAUGGCGAGAAGAUCAAAAUUCCCGAUGAUCUGCCCCGUGCUAUGCUUCCCAACGAAAGUACACAAACAGCCUUCCUGCUGGACUGGUGGGGUCUCUUCUGGGAGUUCUUCCAGGCUCAGCGCAAGAGAGGAAAUAACCACAACGUCCAGACAUAUCUCUCACACAAUCAGACGCUUAUGCGUGUCCGUGAGCAGCAACAGAAUCAACUUAUGCGGCAACAGCCGAUGAUGCCUGGCCAGAUGCCGCUUAACAUGCGUCGCAAUGGCAUGCACCCGGUACCUGCCAACCUUCAAAAGACGGUGUUGCAAAAUACCACUGGCCUCUCGCAGCAGCAAUUGGCCCAGCAGUUCCACAAGAACCAGCAGUUGCAGAUCAUGCAGCAGAUGCAACGUGACCAGCCCGACAUGGACAUGAACGGCAAUCGGCCGCAGUCCCCAGCAUCUGCGGACAACGCUCCAUCCCCAUCGAAACGCCCGCGCCUCGAAGGAGGCCCCGUCAACGGACAACAGCUCGCACCUAACGGACGUGGUCAGGGACAAGGGAUGCAAGGACAGCCUAACCCCCAGGCUCAGGCUAUGAUGAUGCAAAACGGAAUGAACAGGGGCAUGAACCCGGCGCAAUUCCAGCAGUUCCAGCAAGGACAGGCUGCGCAACAAAAAUCUAUGCAGGUAUAUGCUCAAAACUUGGCCCUUCAUCACUCUCGCUCAGCAUUGUCUCCUCAGGGUCUUCCGAACGGUGGUAUGAUGAAUCCCGGCGUCAUGCCGAAUCAAACGGAUCUUGUGACGAUGCCGGAUGGCAAUGGAGGAAUGUUCACGGUGGGUCCCGAUUACUAUCAAAACGGUCAAAUGCCGCCUCGAGCCAAUAUGCAACAACAAAACGGCCAGCAAGGCGGUCACGGCAACCAUGCUCUCCAGGAUUAUCAAAUGCAACUCAUGCUGCUUGAACAGCAGAAUAAGCGGCGUUUGCAAAUGGCUCGUGCCGAGCAGGACAGCAUGGCCCGUGAUGGUCAACCAAUGCCCGGUCAGGGACAGCUGCCACCGGGCACUUCCCCACAGGGCAGUCGCACAGGUGCCUCGCCAAACCCCAGUGAACAAAUGAAGCGGGGUACACCUAAGAUGCCCCAGAGUGGUCUUCCUGGUUCCCCUAGCGCCGGCGAUAUGGGCCAGAACCGUGGAUCUCCGGGAUCUAUGAAUCUAAACGGCGGCCCAAUGCCACCCGAGAUGGCUGCUCAGUUCUUCCAAGGCAACCCCAACAUGCGUCCCCCAAGCUCUAACCCACAAUUCACUGGUCCCCAGAUGGGUCAGCCCAUUCCUGCCGGUGUCGGCCGCAUGCCCAGUGGGCAGUGGCAGCAGCCCGGUCGCACCCAUCCCCAAUCUCCCCAGACGGGGGCAAACGCUCCCCCCACCCCUCAGCAGGGCAAUAAGCCAGCUCCCGGCAAAGGCAAGAAAGAAGGCGCCAAGGAGAACACCCGCAAGCGACCCAAGAAGGGCGCUGCUGCCGCUGCCAAUGCCGCCAAUGCUCAAGCUACCGAAGCUGGAGAGACGGCACAGACUCCUACUCCAUCCACCCCUGUCACUCCACAACAUCCUAAUUCCUUCAACAAGGCCGGUGUCAACGGAGGUGCCAACGCGCAAUCCCAGCCCACCUCGGCCCCAGCUCCCCCAACUAUGGUCCAGCCUACCAUGGAUCCCAACCCGCAACCUUACAAUGAUCUCUCAAUGCCUGAUAAUGCCUUCAAUCUUGACUUUGGCCCUCUGGAUACCCCUGAUCUCCUGGAGAGCUUCGACUUCGACACCUUCCUCAACACCGAUGCUGGUGAUGGGACUGGCUUUGGCUUCGAUCCAAAUAUGCCUCUGAUGGACACCGUCGAUGCCGCGGGUCCAGACCUGGGAUGA